CCAUAGGUUCUGACGUCAAUGCACGUCAACCAGAGAACAUGAUGCCUCCUGCAAGUCAACUCGUGUACUCUCGCAAACACAGCUGAAAUAUUAGAGCUCUAUUGUAUUGGAGGAGGUGGCGUGACACUUCGCCGCGCUCCUAAACACUCUGCUUCUUCUGGUAAGACUGGAGCGGACCGUCAGCGAGCACCGUGGCCGGCACGCUGGCAUUUCUACACGUUUUAGCCUCUGCCGACCUCGUUAUCUUGAGGCUCAAGUGGCAGGUCUCUAUCUUCUCACCCCAAACCCUAGUGUUUCACUAACAGCAUGGUCAUGGCUGACUGUCACCAAAAGCCAGUGCUCAGGGGUCCUGUCCGAGUGGGCUUCUACGAUAUCGAACGGACUCUUGGAAAGGGGAAUUUCGCUGUUGUAAAACUGGCAAGACAUCGUAUAACCAAGACAGAGGUGGCUAUAAAGAUCAUUGACAAGACCCAGCUAGAUGCUGUAAACCUGGAGAAGAUCUAUCGUGAAGUACAGAUCAUGAAAAUGCUGGACCAUCCGCACAUCAUUAAACUGUACCAGGUCAUGGAGACCAAGAAUAUGCUGUACCUUGUGACGGAAUACGCCAAGAAUGGGGAAAUCUUUGACUACCUAGCCAAGCAUGGACGGCUGAGCGAACCAGAAGCACGACGCAAGUUCUGGCAAAUUCUAUCUGCUGUUGAGUACUGCCACAAUCGUAACAUCGUUCACCGGGACUUGAAGGCAGAGAACCUGCUGCUAGACGGACACAUGAACAUCAAGAUUGCUGAUUUUGGCUUUGGAAAUUUCUUCCAGUCGGGUAAGCCCCUGGCCACAUGGUGCGGGAGUCCUCCAUACGCAGCCCCGGAGGUGUUUGAGGGUCAGCAGUAUGAGGGACCUCAGCUAGACAUCUGGAGUAUGGGGGUGGUUCUGUACGUGCUGGUGUGCGGUGCCCUGCCUUUCGAUGGCCCCUCUCUCCCCAUCCUGCGGCAGCGUGUCUUGGAGGGCCGUUUCCGUAUCCCUUACUUCAUGACAGAAGACUGUGAGCAUCUGAUCAGGCGGAUGUUGGUGUUAGACCCCUCUAAGCGUUUGUCUAUAGGACAAAUAAAGGAGCACAAGUGGAUGGUGAUGGAUGUGCCUGUGCAGCGGCCGAUGUUAUAUCAGCAGACUGCAGAGGGGCAGGCUGGUGUGGGAGAGUACAGUGAACAGGUGCUUAGGUUGAUGCACAGCCUGGGCAUCGACCAGCACAAAACCAUAGAGUCUCUUCAGAAUAAGAGUUACAAUCAUUUUGCUGCUAUCUACUACUUGCUGGUCGAGAGGCUAAAGGCCCACCGCUGCAGUUUCCCAGUAGAGCCUCGACUCGACGCCCGCCAGAGACGUCCCAGUACGAUUGCAGAGCAGACCGUCGUCAAGGCGAGCAGCACUGCUCCUCAGGUGAGCCUCCUGACUCAGAACAUGCGUCUCCUGCGAUCCCCAGCUGUGCCUCAAGCCUCCGCGGACUCCUUCACAUUUCCACAGUCCACCUGUGCUACUGAGCACAGCCUCAUGGAGGAGGAGGUUGGGACUCCCAAAGUUAACGGCUGCAUGCUGGACCCCUUGCCCCCUGUGACCGUUCGCAAAUCCAGCGCCUCGUCCCCCAGCAACAUGAUGGAGAUGUCUAUAGAUGAGGGCAUCGAGACGGAGGAGCUGGACACUGAGGAUGAUCAUGCCCAUGUCUUCAAUGCCUAUCAGACAGCCCGCUUUGGUCAGCGCAGACACACGCUGUCUGAGGUCACCAACCAGCCAGGAGUCAUAACCAGUGGAGGUAAACUGUUCAGCAUGGGUCAUAACCCAUCUCUGGGUAGCGUGGACUCAGAGUAUGACAUGGGCUCUGUGCACAGUGACCUCAGUCUGCUGGAGGAUGCGCCCUCUCUUAACGAAGUGGUCCUGGCCAACACCCCCGUCACACGCAUGACUCCGCCCUUCAUCAGCGCUCGGCCCGCUAAUCCUGCCAUGCAGGCGCUGAACACCCAGAGGAGAGAGACACACAACCGCUCUCCCAUCAGCUUCCGCGAGGGCCGCAGGGCGUCAGACACCUCACUUACACAAGGCUUGGUGGCCUUUAGACAGCACCUACAGAAUCUGGCACGGACCAAAGGUAUCCUGGAGCUAAAUAAGGUGUAUGAGCAGAUGGGCUCUGGAGAAACCCCUUCCCUGGGGCUACUGAGCCUUCAGGCACAUCCACAUGGCUUAUUGGACCCUGCACUACAGGAGGAAAGAGGUCACCAGCAUGACAUGGCUCUGUGCUCAGGUGGAACACACCCCGCACUGUUGUCAAGGAGACAGAGUCUGGAGCCGCAGUACCUUUCUCACAGAAUACAGAAAGCCACACUGAUGGCCAACAGCCCCAGCAGUUGCCAGAUGUUCUGCAAAGAAACUCCUCGCAGUCUGGAGCAGCAGCUGCAGGAACACAGGCUGCAACAAAAACGCCUAUAUCUUCAGAAACAAUCCCAAAUGCAGGUGUACUUUAACCAGAUGCAUAUUGUGGAGGACCCUUACGCUCCCUGUGCAACCAUGGGCCACCAGGACUCCGGAGCCCCACCUCAGCCACAGGGUUUGAUUGCACCAGCACAUCAGCAGCAGCAGAGCCCCCAGACCUCACCUCAGUUUGCACACACACAGCCACUCGGCCCCCUAAUGGAGCCCAACCCAGAAGCCCUAGCGUAUGAACCCUACCUGGGACAUUACCCUCAGAUGCAGCCUCUACCACAAAGCUUCUCCUCUCAGCUGCAACCCCAACAGCCCGAACCCCUCAACUACACCUACCCAGCCUGCGAUCCAAGCACAGGAGAAGCACUGUACCCGGAGCAAUACCACUAUCCGCUUGAUCCGGGGCAGCCGCCUCCACCUGCAGAGGGCGGCGCUGCUGGGUACAAAGGCCUGGCGUUGGCCGACCCAUUUCUGGACAGCGAAAUGAUGGAGACCGUGGACCCCCAGCACGGUUUCGUACUGGUGAAUUAAGCCGAGACUCGAAUAACCAGUAUUACCUUGAUAUCUGACUCACUACGGAUGAAUUGACGGAUGAGAUGACGUCACAGGGACGGAUCGAGUUUUGUACGUUCAACGUUUAGGUUGUGGCGAACGUGAGCUGUAAUCUUUAUACUUUACGAAACUCCUCCCUACCUCCCUCCUCGUUCUCCAGUGGUCCCACCUGCUGCUCUCUCACAAUAGAGUGCCGGAUGGCGUGGCGAUUGAGCCAGUUGCGUCGGGGGGCUCACCUCCUCGCCUUCAAGCCGACCGCAGGAUAGGAGCUGCUCGCUACGCUCCAUAUGUAGCACAAAGACAGCCUAGAUCUGCAAUACAGAGCCUGCUCGACAGCACAACUCACAAAUAUUGACACGUUUUGUACUGAACAAAAUCACUCGAAGCGUCUGACUUUGAUUACGAAAGACUAGUCGUGCACACUCGAUGAGUGCAAUGUUAGUUAAAAACACAUGGCAAUAUUGAAGCAAUAUACUGAUUCGUUUGGAACUGAAGAAAAAAAACGAAGCCAUAAGUAGGAACUGCACCACCCAAAACUGCUAUCACCGGAUGUUUCUCAACUUCUAAACGGCUCAAGUCCAAAUCCACAGAUACUUGUAGACGAAGCUGUGAUUUUGAUUCUUUUUUUCACUGGAUUUCCUCCUCAUGCUCAUCCUAAAGGCCCUGAAAAUAACAAUCUGUUCUCCUCAAACCACAACAGUGUUAUUUUGUUUGCUAAUAUCGCAGUUCUUCAGAAUCUGCACUCAAAUUGGUGCACUGUGAAGGGAUGAGUCAUGACUCUUGUAUGUCAGGUGACAUUAUCACCUCCAUGGGCGAUGUCGGCAUGAAUUUAAAUGAUUUAGAUAAUUCAAUUAUUAUUUUGGUGGUAUUUACCCUCUUUACACUAAAGAACACAUCAGCAUUCACGUUUAUUCACAAGACACUGGAUUGUUCGGCCAAUUCAUUGCAUUUGCGACAGACAAAACAGAGACUGUUUUUGUUAGCAGCACUUAGUAAAUCUGUUCUACUUGAAAUGACAGUCUGUGACUAAACCCAGAUAUCAGCUACUCUACAGAGAACGAUCAUGACGCAAAUUGAUCGUAAGGUUCAGGGCUUUGUAACAGAACACACGAAUUAAAGGGAUAGUUCACCCAGAAAUGAAAAUUCUGUCAUCAUUUACUCCCCCUCAAGUUCUUCCAAACGGGUAUAAAUCUCUUUGUUCUGCUGUGUACAAAAGAAAGAUAUAUGGAAGAAUGUUUGUAACCAAGCAGAUCUCGCCCCCCAUUGACUGUCAUAGUAUUUUUUUUUCUUUCUUCCUACUGUGGUACUCAAUGGGGGGCGAGUUCUGCUUGGUUACAAAUAUUCUUCUAAAUAUCUUUCUUUUGUACACAGCAGAACAAAGAUUUAUACAGGUCUGGAACAACUUGAGGGGAAGUAAACGAUGACAGAAUUUUCAUUUUUGGGUUAACUAUCCCUUUAAGGUAGAUAAUAUACUGGAGCACUUUGUCAAGGAAGCUAAAAUUAAUGUAGCUGAGGAGACGGCAGAUGGGUGAGGUGAACCUGCUUAGCUAGUUUUGUCAAAUAAGAGACAUAAAAUUCAUCUCUUUCCAAUAACGUGCUCCCCGCGAGCCGGCGCUCUCUCAAAGAAGGAUUCCGAGGGAGUGCGACUUGGCGAUUGUUUUGUGUAACGUAGGGGUUAGAAACUUUGAAAGUGCUUUCAAAAUGCAACAAAUUUUGUAUUUAAUGUGAUAGUGUUCUGUGUGCCUUUUUCUUCAUUCUUUUAAGUUAAGAUCUUAAAUGGACAGUUCACCUAAAAAUGAACAUUCAGUCUGCAUUUACUCUCCCUCAUGUCGAUCCAAACUUGUAUGGCUGACUUUCUUUGGUGAAACACUUCCAAGCAUCAAAAAAGAUGCAAAAGCACCAUAAAACGAUCAGGAAUGUGGUCCGUAUAGGUUUGGAAAGACAUGAGGGUGAGUAAAUAAUGACUGAUUUUCAUUUUUGGGUAAAUUGUUCUUUAAUAUCUUUGUUUUUCCAGUUUGAUUCUGUUUCUGUUUGUAUUGCGACAGGACAUGUGUAGACCCAGGUUUUACAAAGGUACAAAACCAAAGUCCCCUCAGAAGUGUUCCUGUAUAACCCCACCGUGUGGAGUUUGGAGCUUCUUGGACAGCUUCAUAACAGUGCUUUUUUUUUUUUUUUUUUUUUUUUUUUUUUUUUUUUUGGUCAAUCAGUAUAUGCCGUUGAAAAGUAUUAAUAGCAAUAUUUCUUAUGAAUAGUUCAGAAAGAACAGAUUAGUGAAUGUGUUGCCAUAUCAUAAUCACACCUCCUGCUGGCAAACACCAUUCCUUAGACAUCCUACAAUUCUACAUUUACCUUCAUGGUUGUUGACCACACAUAAGCUAAUGUGCUGUUAAGAUUAAAAAAGAUUUAUUGAA